AUGGAUUACCUCAUUGCCAGGAGUGCGGUAUAUCAGGACCCGUUCCUAACAUACGCGGCCGCAACCGGUACUGAUAGAUAUCAACUACCGGCGAGUUAUGCUGCGAGUGCUGCCUAUACAGCGGCUGCUGCGCGUUCGUACGCGGCCGCAGCGGCAGCAGCUCAGGCCAACCCUGCCGUAGCCUACGCUGGAGUCGCCGGUUAUGGACGUGAAUUUGCUGAACCGUAUUUAGGACACAGUAUUGGACCGGUGGCCGGAUAUGGGGUGGCGUAUCGGAGCGCAGCGUAUAAUCGAUUCACACCCUAUUGAAUACAAGGAAUUAAUUCAACAAAAAAAUGCUUUUAAAAUGAAAAUCUCAUAAAUCAGUUAUUUUUCCACAAAAACCCCAAAACUCAAGAUAACGGAAGAAAAUAACUUAAAUAUAAUACUCGUGUAUAGAAUCGAUUCAGAAAAUAAUGCAACUAUUAUUUGGAGUCUCAUUCAUAACCAAAACCAAUAUUUCUCUCGUUUGCUCUCUUGUCGUGUUUUCUUAUAAAUGUAGCGAAACUGUAAUUUUAUUUAAUGUAACGAUGAAUAUCAUCUAUUCUUUUCCCCCUUUAUCUCUCUCCCCAUUCUCUCACUCUUUAAUAGAAUCUAAUGACUCGACUCUAAAAACAAAUUAUUUUUAUCUCGUUUUUGAUUGAUUUUCUCGUUUUAAUUGUUAAAUAUUAAUGUUUUUAAUUUAAAACAACAGAUAAACAGUCAAAUGUUCUUUUAUUUGUGUUUUACUUUAAACAACUUUUUUCGAACUAAUUUAUUAUUAACUCAUUUACUUUAAAUUCAUCUCAUUUGCAAACUCAUGCAUUUUAGACGACUUUUAUUAUUAAUUAUUAUUUUUGUUUUUAUAGUAAUUUUUGAUCGCUAGUCAACCAAAUAUAACUUAAUUGUGUUUUAUGUGAACACAUUUUUGUGUUUCUAAGUAUAUGUUAUUAAUUUUUGCUUUAAUGACAGAAACUGUUAAACAAAAUACUCGAGUUAGAUAUCAAAGAUAAACACAAUCACUAAACAUUUUGAGCCCUUUUUGAGUUGUUUUUUGUGGCGAUUUUAUUGAACAAUUAUUGCUAAUUUUCAGCCCUUAUUUAGUAGUUGUUCUGUUCGUUCAAUUCCUCCCUCUCUUCCGUAUAAUUUUCUUAUAAAAAUAUUCACAUUUUUAAACCCUUUAUAUUAUUAAAGAAAUUUUAAUCAAUAGAAAUUUUUGAUAGAACUGAAUUUGAAGGCAGCUUUAAAUUAGUGUUAGUAUAGCUUUUGAAUCCAUUAUUACGUUAAAAAUGACGAAAACAAACAAUAGGAUUGAGGCUUACAUUGAAUGACAGCUGAAAAACAAUUAUUAAUAACUAUAUGUUAAGUGAAUUAUAAAUUAAGAAUUGGAUUAUAAUCUGAUUGUUAGAAAUGCUCAAAAUUUUUGAAAAAUUUUGACGUUAAGACAUAAAACUCUUUUCUCUAUUUGUCUCUACAGUAUAUCUGAAUAUCUCUUUUAAAUACAUAUUCGU